CGUCGCGGACGGCUAUUGUGUGAGCUGGCUGGCUGGCGAGCGCCUCCGUGUGUGUGCGCGUACGUACGGUACACACGUAGUCGGCACGCACACACACAGACACGCACACGUUCGGCAGAGUGCCGCCGGUAGUAUUGUGCAAGUGUUACACGCACACACACAUACGUUAAUGCGCGCAAUACACGCACGCACAUACGUCCGUACUCGGAGCUCGAGCUGAGCUGACGUCUCCCGAACGAGUGUGUGUGAUUUUCAUCUCCGUCGCCUCCCCAACCCCGACGUUCUACAGUAGUUUUUCGUGGGUAUUUUCGAUUUUUUUUUUUUUUCGCUAAAAUCCGAUCUGAUCAAAAAUUCGUCUAAAAUCACGUUUGCGAUCUCGUCGUCGUCGUCGUCGUCGGUCGCCAUCGCCGGCACGUACGACUGCAAGUGCGGUGCACGACGUCCGCCGCGGUCGGCCGUGCGCGUGACAUUGCGUUACCCGCUGUCCACCGGCCGUCGUUCCCGCGAGCACUCGUCGUUCCCCUUUUCGUGCGCUCUCGUCCGCGCUCGGGCGUCGAAAAACCAGCCGGGCGACCGUCUGCGCGGAAAACGAGUUAUAUCGAACACACUCUAGAAAAAAAAAAAAAAAAAAUUAAAAAUUAUAAUAAACAUAAAAUAAGAAACAUAAAUAAAAAGUAAAAGAUCGCCACCGUCCGCCGCGCGACCGUAGACGCGAGAGCGGGCGGGCGUGCGCGCGCGCGCGCUGGCGCGUGUGCGGCACUGACACACACGGUCGCUCUGUGAGAGCCGAGAAGUGUGUAGUCGUUGCUCCCACAGCGACGACGGUGACCGCCGCGGACGUAGUCGGUGACAGAGAGGAAACGCGCAUUCACCCACGGCGAUGGCGGGCAUUCAACAGGUCAGAACCGGCGCGGACGACGGUGUACGCUGGACGCAGACCGCCAGCACCACCACCACCGCCGCCGCCGUUGCCGUCGCCACACCCGGCACCACCAAGAGCAAGACACAUCCGCCGCCUUUGCGUACAAGCAUUGGAUUCUUUUCCGGUGAUAUAUUUCCAGCUACUAUCGUGGAGCCUUCGUCGAGCAGGAGCCGCUCGUUGCCAUCUCCGCCAAUCCAAUGGAUGUCAUCCCGUAGGAAGCAUGGGUUGCCAUCCAGAGGAAGCGUCGGGGAGGAACUGCGAAUGACUGCAGAGCCCUGUGGUGGUGGAGAACUGAUUCGGAUCACUACCCUGUCGUCGCCGGGACCGCAAAGUCCGUCGUCUAGGAGCCAGCACUAUGACCCGGAAUAUGCGAAAAUCGAAGCAUGGCUCGACGAGCACAGGGAUUUCGCUUACGAUUAUUUUCUCAGAAAAGCUACUAGAAACAUCGUGGACGCCUGGCUCGUUUCACACGCUUCGGCCAGCAGCUGUGGCGCGACUGGCGCCGGCGGCUGUGGAAGUGGCGGAGGAAGUAGCGGCGGAAACGCGACGAUGACGCCGACGGGCAUCGAACGUCAGCAAUCCAUAGGCACGUCUGGCUGCAGUGGUGGCGGUGGUGGCAAUAGUGGCACCACUACACCGGUUCGUAAGAUAUCUGCACACGAAUUCGAACGGGGCGGCCUAAAGCCCAUGGUGACCACUGUGGACGGUACACCCACAUUCCUCGCGUCUUACGAACACCCGGACGAGACGACUACGGCGCCGGUAGCAAGGAGACGGUCCAGACACGAGCUCCGGCAACUAGACGAGAAGCAGCUCAUCUUUGAAUUGGUGAAAGACAUAUGCAACGAACUGGACGUGCGGUCGCUGUGCCACAAGAUCCUGCAGAACGUCAGUACGCUGUUGAACGCAGACCGCGGCUCGCUGUUCCUUGUGCAGGGCGGCGGCCUGUCGGCGUGCCAGCACGAUCACCACCACCGGCCAGCGAAGCGCGUGUGCAGCCCGCGGAGACCGCACGCCAGCAUAACCGUCGGCUGUUUGAGCAAAGACGACCAUUCCGCCACCACGACCGCCACUGCCACCUCCACCACCUUCGCCGCCACUGCAUCCACUGUUGCAUCUACCGUGGCCGCGGCCGAGGAGCCUCCUCGCACCACCACCACCACCGCCGUCCACCACUCACAACAGAACCAUCUGCACCACAUCCCCCAGAACAGCAGCCAUCACCCCCAUCACCAUCAUCACCAUCAUCACCACCACAACAACAACAACAACAACAACAACAACAACAACAACAACUACAGCUACCGUAAUCUGCACCGCCAUUCGUCAUCUUCGUCGUCGUCGUCGGCGUGCAACGAACGUGUUCCUAUUGCGUCCUGCGACGCGCCGGCCCCGCAACCGGCUGUGCCCGUCGAAGAGGCUGCCGUCGGCGGCCUGACCGUCGGGUCGCCGAUAGGGUCCACCAACGUGGGCUCGCUGCAGACGUCGAUGAACGCGGCCGCCCCGCACCACUUCCAGGGCUGCCAGUCCAAGUGUUUGGUGUCCAAGCUGUUCGACGUGUGCUCGCGGUCCACGUUGCAGGAGAUGGAAAAGAAAAAAGAAAUACACAUACCGUGGGGCACGGGCAUCGUCGGGUACGUGGCCGAAAGCGGUGAUCCGGUUAACAUACCGGACGCAUACAAGGAUACACGUUUCAACCACGAUAUCGAUGCCCGCACUGGUUAUAAAACGCACAGUUUACUGUGCAUGCCGAUCAAAGAUUUCAAUGGCGAAGUAAUGGGUGUAGCACAGGUGAUUAACAAGAAAAAUGCACCGUGUUUCACUCAAAACGACGAGAAAGUUUUCGCUGAUUACUUGCAAUUCUGUGGCAUCGGUCUCAGAAACGCGCAGUUAUACGAAAAAAGUCAAUUAGAAGUAAAAAGGAACCAGGUGCUACUGGAUCUCGCGCGUAUGAUUUUCGAAGAACAGAGCACAAUAGAGCAUAUGGUUUUUAGAAUCCUCACCCACACGCAGUCGCUUAUACAAUGUCAAAGGGUCCAGGUAUUGCUGUUGCACGAGGCGUCCAAAGCGAGCUUUUCGCGUGUGUUCGACUUGGAAGCAAACGACUUGGAGGGGAAGGACAACGAGCGGACUAGCCCUUUCGAAAGCAGAUUUCCAGUCAACAUCGGUAUAACCGGUUACGUGGCCACUACUGGAGAGACCGUAAACAUUGCAAACGCUUACGAAGACAGCCGUUUCGAUCAGUCGGUGGAUGAAGACACUGGUUUCAAACACUCCACGGUGCUGUGCAUGCCGAUUAAGAAUUCGUCCGGUCAAAUCAUCGGAGUGAUACAAUUAGUCAACAAGUUUGAUGAUCUCUUAUUUACCAAAAACGAUGAAAACUUCGUGGAAGCGUUUGCCAUAUUUUGUGGCAUGGGAAUACAUAACACACACAUGUUCGAGAAGGCUAUCAUUGCCAAUGCAAAACAAAAUGUUACGUUGGACGUGCUUAGUUACCACGCUUCAGCUUCACUGGAAGACGCGCAAAAGUUGAGGGCUUUGCAAGUGCCAUCGGCUGUUACGUACAAUCUGUACGAUUUUUCUUUUGACGACAUUUAUAUGAGUGACGAUGACACAUUACUAGCAAGCAUAAGGAUGUUUAUGGAUAUGGAUUUGGUCGAACCUUUUCAUAUUGACUAUCAGGUCUUGUGUCGAUGGCUGUUAAGUGUAAAAAAAAACUAUCGAUCAGUGACUUACCACAAUUGGAGGCAUGCAUUCAAUGUUGCUCAGAUGAUGUUUUCCAUCAUUACUGCAACACGCUGGUGGCAAGUUUUUGGUGAUUUAGAAUGCCUUGCCCUCAUUAUUGCUUGUCUCUGUCACGAUUUGGACCAUCGUGGAACAAACAAUUCCUUUCAAAUAAAAGUUUCCUCGCCACUUGCACAGCUAUACUCAACUUCCACUAUGGAACACCAUCAUUUUGACCAGUGUUUAAUGAUAUUAAAUAGUCAAGGUAAUCAAAUUUUAGGUAACCUGUCUCCAAAUGAGUAUUCUCGCGUUAUUAAAGUAUUAGAAGAUGCUAUUUUAGCCACUGAUUUGGCUGUCUACUUCAGAAAACGAGGGAAGUUCCUAGAAUUAGUCCGUACGGGUAUGUACGACUGGACCAGAGAAGAAGAUAGAGAACUGUUUAGAGCCAUGCUAAUGACCGUGUGUGAUUUAGCUGCUAUAACCAAACCAUGGGAGAUUGAAAAACGAGUGGCUGAACUGGUGACUAAUGAAUUUUUUGAACAAGGUGACAUAGAAAGAAGAAAAUUUAAUAUCACACCCAUUGACAUAAUGAAUCGAGAAAAAGAAGAUCAGUUACCAAUGAUGCAAGUCGGGUUCAUUGACUCAAUAUGUUUACCCAUAUAUCAGGCAAUUGCUGAUCUGUCAGAGAAACUUGAACCACUGAUUGAAGGAGUACGACAGAACAAAACACAUUGGCUCGAAGAAUCACAACAGACUUAUCACCCACAGAGUCACAAGUAGAUGUAUAAUACAAUAAGAUAUAUUAUAUAUUGAUGUUUGUAUGUGUUAGUGUGUGUCUAUGUUUGAUUGUGUGUAUGUGUGUGUGUGUGUGUGUGUCCCGUAUUUCCAAACUAGACAAUGUCCACACUAUUGAAAAAAACCAAUCUACCUAACUUCCUUCUCAUUAGAAUAUAAGACUUAAAAAAACAUAAAUAUUAUUUUACCUUGUAUGUUUUUAGUUAUAAACAAAAUAGUAUUUUCUGUGUUAUAGACUUGUAUAAAUUAAGAUUAUAUAAUUUUUAAGAGUGACAUUAAUGUUUUUUCUUGUAUUUUGUACCACCUACCUUUUACUAAAUAAAUAGACAUUAGAAUAUA